AUGAGGUCUAGCAUCUGCUACACAUAUUUCAUCCUUUAUUUAUUUGACAUAGUUGUGGCUGUAAAUGCGACUAAUAUCAAUGAUUAUGCCUUAGGCACUGUGGAAUCCUACGAAUUAAACACACAUUGCAUAUACCAAAUUAAUUUGACAAAGAUACCUAUCAGUGCCACAAGACAGGAUUUCUCAGUUGAUACUUUUGCACUAAAUUUCCUGCAAAUCACCGCAAAAAUUGCUAACAUUACAUGGAAAGUCAAACUCCUAAAAGAUUUACCACUUGACAAAACUGUUUAUCUAGAUUAUACAAUUGAAAGGGUCACAAUUAAGGAAUCCAAUCAUAUAGAUGACCCUGUAUAUGUUGAAUGGCAAAUAACAGUACUUGUACCCAACAUUUUUGUUCAUUCGUUACAUAAAUCUCCAAUAACAAUCAUUGGAGACUCAAAUAAAACAAAUGACAAAACUAUAUCGAAAAGUAUUAUUAAUGAACAUGUCAAAGUUGGGUUAUGA